AUGGUGAAGGAGCAGUUCCGGGAGACAGAUGUGGCCAAGAAAAUAAGCCACAUCUGUUUUGGAAUGAAAUCAGCCGAGGAGAUGCGCCAGCAGGCACACAUUCAGGUUGUGAGUAAGAACCUGUACAGCCAGGACAACAACCACGCCCCACUGCUAUAUGGGGUGCUUGACCACAGGAUGGGUACAAGUGAGAAGGACCGUCCUUGUGAAACCUGUGGGAAGAACUUGGCUGACUGUCUGGGCCACUAUGGGUACAUUGACUUGGAAUUGCCGUGUUUUCACGUGGGGUACUUCCGAGCAGUUAUCGGCAUCUUACAGAUGAUCUGUAAAACCUGCUGCCACAUCAUGCUGUCCCAGGAGGAGAAGAAGCAGUUUCUGGAUUAUCUAAAGAGACCUGGCCUGACCUACCUCCAGAAGCGAGGGCUGAAGAAGAAAAUCUCUGACAAGUGCCGGAAGAAGAACACGUGCCAUCACUGUGGCGCCUUCAAUGGUACUGUCAAGAAAUGCGGCUUACUGAAGAUAAUCCAUGAGAAGUACAAGACUAACAAGAAAGUGGUGGAUCCCAUCGUAUCAAGUUUCCUUCAGUCCUUUGAAACCGCCAUAGAGCAUAACAAAGAAGUAGAACCUCUCCUGGGAAGGGCACAGGAAAACUUGAAUCCCUUAGUAGUUUUGAAUUUAUUUAAACGAAUCCCAGCUGAAGACAUCCCUCUACUUCUGAUGAAUCCGGAAGCUGGAAAGCCCUCCGAUUUGAUUCUCACACGCCUCUUAGUGCCCCCUUUGUGUAUCAGACCCUCUGUCGUGAGCGAUUUGAAGUCUGGCACCAAUGAAGAUGAUCUGACGAUGAAGUUGACAGAAAUCAUUUUCCUAAAUGACGUCAUUAAAAAGCAUCGGAUAUCAGGAGCUAAGACCCAGAUGAUCAUGGAAGACUGGGACUUCCUGCAGCUGCAGUGCGCCCUCUACAUUAACAGCGAGCUCUCAGGCAUUCCCCUCAAUAUGGCACCCAAGAAAUGGACUAGAGGGUUUGUCCAGCGCCUGAAGGGAAAGCAGGGUCGAUUCAGAGGCAAUCUUUCAGGAAAGAGAGUGGAUUUUUCUGGCAGAACAGUCAUCUCACCUGACCCCAACCUCCGAAUUGACGAGGUAGCUGUGCCAGUUCAUGUGGCCAAAAUUCUAACAUUUCCUGAGAAGGUAAACAGAGCAAACAUCAACUUUCUGAGGAAACUGGUUCGAAAUGGCCCUGAAGUUCACCCAGGAGCCAAUUUCAUCCAGCAGAGACACACGCAGAUGAAGAGGUUUCUGAAAUACGGGAACAGAGAAAAGAUGGCCCAGGAGCUCAAGUUCGGGGACAUUGUGGAGAGGCACCUCAUAGAUGGAGACGUGGUCCUAUUCAACCGGCAACCCUCACUCCACAAAUUGAGCAUCAUGGCACACCUGGCCAGGGUCAAGCCCCACCGGACUUUCAGAUUUAAUGAGUGUGUCUGUACACCCUACAAUGCAGAUUUUGAUGGAGAUGAAAUGAACCUUCAUCUUCCUCAAACAGAAGAAGCUAAAGCAGAAGCCCUUGUUCUCAUGGGGACUAAAGCAAACCUUGUAACACCAAGAAAUGGAGAACCACUAAUUGCUGCUAUUCAGGAUUUUCUGACAGGUGCCUAUCUCCUCACUCUUAAGGACACUUUCUUUGACCGAGCCAAAGCUUGUCAGAUCAUCGCUUCAAUACUGGUGGGCAAGGAUGAGAAAAUUAGAGUUCGUCUCCCACCCCCCACAAUACUAAAGCCUGUCACCCUGUGGACGGGAAAGCAGAUCUUCAGCGUCAUCCUCAGACCCAGCGAUGACAAUCCAGUGAGGGCCAACCUCCGAACCAAGGGCAAGCAGUACUGCGGCAGAGGAGAGGACCUCUGUGUCAAUGACUCUUAUGUCACAAUCCAGAACAGCGAGCUGAUGAGUGGCAGCAUGGACAAAGGAACGCUGGGGUCAGGAUCCAAGAACAACAUUUUUUACAUUUUGCUGCGAGACUGGGGGCAGAAUGAAGCUGCCGAUGCCAUGUCACGGCUUGCCAGGCUGGCUCCCGUCUACUUGUCUAACCGUGGAUUCUCAAUCGGGAUUGGUGACGUCACACCUGGCCAAGGGCUGCUGAAGGCCAAGUAUGAGUUGCUGAAUGCUGGCUACAAAAAAUGCGAUGAGUACAUCGAAGCCCUGAACACAGGCAAGCUGCAGCAGCAGCCCGGCUGCACCGCCGAGGAGACUCUGGAGGCUUUGAUCCUGAAGGAGCUGUCUGUGAUCCGUGACCACGCAGGUAGCGCCUGCCUCCGGGAGCUGGACAAGAGCAACAGUCCCCUCACCAUGGCUCUGUGUGGUUCCAAAGGUUCCUUCAUUAACAUAUCACAGAUGAUUGCCUGUGUGGGACAGCAAGCUAUCAGUGGCUCUCGAGUGCCAGAUGGCUUUGAAAACAGGUCCCUGCCUCACUUUGAAAAACACUCAAAGCUCCCAGCUGCCAAAGGCUUUGUGGCUAAUAGCUUUUAUUCCGGUUUGACACCAACCGAGUUUUUCUUCCACACGAUGGCUGGCCGGGAAGGUCUGGUUGACACAGCCGUGAAGACAGCUGAGACAGGAUAUAUGCAGAGAAGGCUCGUCAAGUCCCUGGAAGAUCUUUGCUCACAGUAUGACCUGACAGUCCGCAGCUCUACGGGCGACAUCAUCCAGUUCAUUUACGGGGGAGACGGCUUAGAUCCUGCAGCCAUGGAGGGGAAAGAUGAGCCCUUGGAGUUUAAAAGGGUUCUGGACAACAUCAAAGCAGUCUUCCCAUGCCGGAGCGAGCCUGCUCUCAGUAAGAAUGAGCUGCUCCUGAGCGCCGAGUCCAUCAUGAAGAAGAACGAGUUUCUCUGCUGCCAGGACAGCUUCCUGCAGGAGAUAAAAAAGUUUAUCAAAGAGGUUUCUGAGAAGAUCAAGAAGACCAGAGAUAAAUAUGGCAUCAACGACAACGGCACAACAGAGCCCCGUGUGCUGUACCAGUUGGACCGGAUCACCCCAACCCAAAUAGAGAAGUUUCUGGAGACAUGUAGGGACAAGUACAUGAGGGCACAGAUGGAGCCAGGUUCCGCGGUGGGUGCACUCUGUGCUCAGAGCAUUGGCGAGCCAGGCACCCAGAUGACCCUGAAGACUUUCCACUUUGCAGGCGUGGCCUCCAUGAACAUCACCCUGGGCGUGCCCCGCAUCAAAGAGAUCAUCAACGCCUCCAAGGCCAUCAGCACUCCCAUCAUCACAGCACAGCUGGACAAGGACGACGAUGCAGAUUACGCUCGUCUGGUGAAAGGGAGAAUUGAGAAAACCCUCUUGGGAGAGAUUUCAGAGUAUAUUGAAGAAGUGUUUCUUCCUGAUGAUUGCUUCAUUCUCGUCAAGCUCUCCCUAGAACGGAUCAGACUUCUGAGGCUGGAAGUGAACGCUGAGACGGUGAGGUACUCCAUCUGCAUGUCCAAGCUGCGCGUGAAGCCCGGCGACGUGGCCGUGCACGGGGAGGCGGUGGUGUGUGUCACCCCCCGGGAGAACAGCAAGAGCUCCAUGUACUACGUGCUGCAGUUCCUGAAAGAGGACCUCCCCAAGGUGGUGGUGCAGGGCAUCCCGGAGGUGUCCCGAGCUGUCAUCCACAUCGAUGAGCAGAGCGGGAAGGAGAAGUACAAGCUCCUGGUGGAGGGUGAUAACCUGCGGGCCGUCAUGGCCACCCACGGCGUGAAGGGCACCCGGACCACCUCCAACAACACGUACGAGGUGGAGAAAACCCUGGGCAUCGAAGCUGCCCGGACAACUAUCAUCAACGAGAUCCAGUAUACAAUGGUCAACCACGGCAUGAGCAUCGACCGGCGGCACGUGAUGCUGCUGUCCGAUCUCAUGACCUACAAGGGUGAAGUCCUGGGCAUCACCAGGUUUGGCCUGGCCAAGAUGAAGGAGAGCGUGCUGAUGCUGGCCUCAUUUGAGAAGACGGCUGACCACCUCUUUGACGCUGCCUACUUUGGGCAGAAGGACUCUGUGUGUGGGGUGUCUGAAUGCAUCAUCAUGGGGAUCCCCAUGAACAUUGGAACUGGACUCUUCAAGCUGCUCCACAAGGCCAACAGGGACCCCAGCCCUCCCAGGAGGCCCCUCAUCUUCGACACAAGCGAAUUCCACAUCCCCCUUGUCACCUAG